CCGGCAUUCGUGGCAUGUAGACGACUUUUCCUUCAGCCUUCAGCAAUUUACUCAGUUACAACUAGGCUGCCGAAGUUGGAAGACGUUAACGUCUCUGCUUGCCACCUUCGUUAUCUUAAGAAUGUAUACAAAGUUCUCGGCGACUCUUAAGGAUUGUGGUAUUAAUAAUACAAUCUCAUAUUUCGUCCCUUCGAGUGUAUUCUUCUCGUUUUACACACCGUGCGUGCGGAAAAAACUGUCGAUUUAAAAGUUGUUAGUUAACUGAGUGCUUUUUCAUAUACCUCACUCACAGCUUUACGCUGCCGCCUAAGCAGCGGUAGACUUGAGCCAGGGCAACUUGUGAUACUAGUGUUAGUGCGCAUAAGUAGUUAGUUUGUAUAUAGAUUCGUGAGUAGUAACAAAAAUUAAGAUAGAGUUGAACCGAGAAAGUUAAAGACCAUGCCUGUCAAAAUAGAGACUUGGGAAUUCGAUGAUUUCCUGAUAGAAGAGCUCUUUCCUGACGAGCCGAUCAUGGAACCGGUCCUUUCCGACGAUAUCUGGAAGAAGUUCGAAAUAGACUAUCCGGAAUUAACCGGCAUCGCUGAGAUGUUACUGCAGGAGGAGCAAAGUCUCAUCAACGACACAAAAGAUAUCGAAGCGCAGCAGGGAUGUUUGAUUCCGGGUUUGACUCCGGUUGCGAAUCCGGUUGUGAUCUCGGGAGUAGUAGCCCCGGAAAUAGUGACCCCGUCAGUAGUGACCCCGGCAGUAGUGACCCCGGCAUUAGUAACCCCGGUAGUAGUGACCCCGGCAGUAGUGAUCCCACCGAAUAAUAGAGGGAACAACACCAGCAACCCAUCGGUGCAGGUCACGAGUGCCAAUCCGCCAGCGAGCCUCCCAGCAAGCCCAGCGUCCGGUUCCCCUCCCUCAUCCUUAAGUGAGAUUCGCAACCAUGACUGCAUGUGGGCGGGAAGCUGCUUCUACGGACGUCACGGCCAGGGCGGUUGCCAAGGCUCUAGCGAAGGCGGUUGCCAGCGCCCCAAAGAAAACGGAGGCUUCCUGAAACCCGGCCCCGUCAUGAACAGAUGUCCGCCUCAACCGCCUUUAAACGCGUUCAUAAAAAAGGAGGAGCCUGACGAUGAACAAUACUACCAGCAGGCACAGUACCAACAUCAUCAGACCAGCAGGAGUGUGCUCAAACCCGCGGUUAGGGCAGCUGUUAAGCAACAACAGCAACAGCAGCAACAUAUGCCUCAAACACCGCCCAUGUCCGACGAUGAGGAAGGAAAGUCCAAGCCAUCCAAGGUGCUGAGCCUGUUGACCAAUGACCCGAUCUCUCCAACCGAGUACUCCUCAGACACAGAAUUGUGCGAGUACCUGCAAGAGGAAAUUGAGGACGAGGAGGAGGAGGAAGAAGAAGGUGAUGAGGAAGAACAAGAUGAGGAAGAAAUCAGAAGAUUGGAAGCCGUAAAUGCGGCUGCCGCUGUCAAACUGGAAGAGAUGGCGGAUAGAGCUGUUAGAGUGAAAGCAGCCGCUGAGAUCGAUCACAGCUACCACAAGGGCAAGGGGUCCGACCAAAUGAUGCAGGAAUACCUGGGUCUCGAAACUCCUUCUGAUUCCGUCUUAUGGUACUUUCAGACAGAUGGGAUUGCUUACUGAAAAAUGACAUACUUCUCUUUGCUGGGAAAGACUGAGCCGGAGAGAAACAGUUAAUCUUGAUAUUUCCGCCUUGUAAACAAGAUAUUUUGUUUAUUUCGAUCGGAAAAUAAACUAACCUUGGAAGAUUUAUUGCUGGCACCUAUUUGAUAUGCAUAAUAAAUGAA